AUGGAAAAGAUCCUGACUUUACUGCACUGCACCGAUGAGCAAAGAGUACUAUAUGCCACAUUCAGAUUGAUGGGGGAGGCUGAGCACUGGCGGUCUGAUGUGAGUCUCCAGGAAGAGCCGAGGCUGGUACUAGUAGCCUUGACCUGUGGAAGGUUUAAAGAGAUUUUCUUCGACCGUAAUUUCCCUUCCUCGAUUAGGGAUUCCAAGAUGGAGGAGUUCCUAAAUUUGACUCAGGGCCGUUUGACAGUGCCACAAUACACUACAAAAUUAGUGGAGCUGUCGCAUUGUGCUCCCUUCAUCAUACCAUAUGAAUUUAGGAAGGCCCUGAGAUUUGAGAAAGGGCUUAGGCAUGAGCUUUAUGAGCAGGUGGUACUAUUGAAGAUACGAGAUUUUUUUGAACUGGUGGAUAAAGCCACUGUAGCUGAGGCUAGUCGACUAAGAGGUGCAAGGGGAUAG